AUGCCUCCCCCGCUUGAGAUGACCACCCAACUCCUCUUCCUCCUGGGAGUCCUCAUGUGCAACCCCAUCGUGACGCUCCCGGCCAGCCGCGAGCGCCUGGAGAAGGCCCUGACCCAAGCCAAGAUGGACAAACUUGAGCAGCAACCCGCGCAGAAGGCCGACGUCAACGCGCCACAGACCUCAAACCGGACCGCGGCGAACCGGAACCGGACCAAAAGUGGCGUGAAAUCGCAAGAAAUGUUCCGCGAGCAGGACACGAUAAACCAAAUCGACGAAGGCCCGACGAGCGACGUCACAGUCUCGCUGGAAUCUAUCGACGAGUACGCAUACCCGGACUAUCGAGGGAAGGGGUGCAUGGACGAGAAUGGGUUUGUUUUUUCGAUCGGGGAGGAAUUCACGCCCGGGCCGUCGACGUGCCCCUGCUUAUGCACGGACGAGGGGCCCAUGUGCUCCCAGCCAGAGUGUCCGAGGGUCCAUCCGCGGUGCAUCAGGGUGGACACGAGCCAGUGCUGUCCGCAGUGCAAGGAGAAGAAGAACUACUGUGAGUUCAGAGGGAAAGUCUACGCGUCGCUGGAGGAGUUCAAGGUGAGUCCAGGUCUUUAG